GUAUACAUUUAAGAUAGGCCUAUGAGUAUGUUCUUUACGUAGCACUGUGUUUUUUCUCUACAUUUCAGAGGGGAAAUAUUGUACCUUUUACUUCACUGGAUUUAUUUGCUUUAGUUAUUAGUUCCAUUACGAAUUAAAUUUUUUGCACACAAAACAUGAAAACGUACAAGAAAUGAAUAAUUUAUUCAAUGGCAAAAUUUUAAUUGGUAACUAUUUAGAUUAUCUCUUCAGUCAUUUUUCUUGUAAAAAUAUUUCAUGGUUUCAGCUUCCAAAAUGUGACAAUUCUCUGCUGUUCGGCUGUUUUCCAUGUAGUUUUAUUAACACAAACGGAACAAAAAAAUUCAAUAAAUGGAAAAAAUAAUAAGUAGAUUAAUUCAGAACAAAAGUAAUCAUUAGUUACAGUCCCAUACAAAAUAGAUCGGAAUAAGCUUCACUCUCAAACUCUAAAAUUGUACUUUUACUUCAAUGCAUGAGUCAUAAUGAACUUAUGAUGUCGUAUACAUAGUCACAUGGGACAUUUAUACUGCACUGAGUACUUUCAUUUUUGAUAUUUAAAGUACUUUUCCUGAUUAUUCUGACAUACUUUUACUUAAUUAAUGCAGGACUUGUACUUGCAAUGGGGUAUUUUUACAAUGUGAUAUUUGUAUUUUUGCUAAAGUAAAAGAUCUGAGUACUUUCUCCAUCACUGAAUGCUCUAGGACAAACAUAUAGCAGCUGCUCCAGAUUUGACAGAAUAGAACAUGGUUCAUGAGAGAGGAAAUUCUUGUGACGUAGAAACAUCUAAACGUUGUGUUUGUGCAAACAUUAUGUCCCCCUCAAGCUUUAGCGCCCGGGAUGAAGAAAAAGCAGAUCUGAGAGGUUGCUAAUAACCCACUCAGGUACACUUACGGCUGCUGAAUGGGAUAAGACAGGACUCUGACUUAAUGCUGAGCUCUGUGUAAGCCCAUCUCCACCCCAUUGUUUGGAUCAGGUCUCAGGGUUCCUGGAGGGGAUCUGAGGGGCGGGGGGGGGAUUCACGGUUCAGGUGACAGCUGUCAAAGGUUUUGUUUGGCAGGGUGUGCCUUUCUCUCCAGGUGUGAGGUGCUGUGUAGGAGACCUAAUUUCCAAAGAGUGGUAGCCCGUGGCAAAAUUGGGGGGAUGUGACAAAAAAAAUGGACGCUGAAGUGGGGCAGAAUUCAUAACAUGGCUUGUUUUAGGUUCUGAAACAAUUCAGGAGGUUAUCAGUACAUUGGUUAUGUAAUUUCUUCAAGAUAGGACGCCUGAGGUUCAGAUAUUUAGGGGUUUUAUAGUUUCCUGGGGAUUUGGUUCUGACUGUAUAUGCUUGGUUGCUGUACUUUUGUAAAGUUAAAAUGAUCUUAUUAUGUCUGUGACCAACUGAGUUGUAAGAAAAAACUUCAGAUAGCUCUAAUAAUUAUGUCUUGUCAAUAUAAAGGGAUCAUCAAAAGAAAUAACGGAAAGUCUGUCUUGUCUAAACCCAAAUAGCAAUUGUAGUAAUUGUAUUCCUCUUGAUUUCCUUAUUUUCAUUCUUAAAUAGAAUCCGUAGAGACAUGAUCUAGGGAACAAUGUAGCUCUUGACAUAAUCCUCCACCUGACCAAUGAUACUCCAUAUGGGUUCACCCAUUGUUCCAUGUCUGUCAAAUGAUCUGUUGGCUGGAUCCAAUCAGCUUGUGUUGCUCUGUUACCUUUCCUUUUCUUCUCAGUGGGCUUCCUGUGAACUCCUUUCAGCUGGAAAGGAGGCCAGUAUAAAUCAUGAAGUAAUGAAGGCCCACAAGCAGACACAGAAAAGAUUCACUGAGAUGGGGCAAUACUCGUCUGUCCACACAAGCAAUUGGAAGACAAUGUGGCUGGCCCUUCUUACUUAUCAACUUGCCACACUCCUUCUCACCCAAGGUCAAAAUGUCUGCAUUGGACACUCCACAUUCAGAAGUCCAGAGAACUCGGACAUUGAGGUCAUCUGUGGCUCCCAGACAGUGGACCUCAGGAUUCUUCUGUGUCCCAUCUAUUUUAAUGGAUACAAUGAGUCACUGCUGGCCCUCAACUCAGAGCACUCAAAACAGCAGUGUAUAGGGACUCCUGACUGGACGGCUGACCCUCCCGUUGUAAAGUUCAGUUUCGCCAUCACAGAGCAGGGAGUCUCUUCCUGCUCCAAUGAGCUGACAGUCAGCGAGGAGGUGGGUACUGGACAGUUUGCCGACUUCUCUAAUGUCCAGUACAUCACCAUCUCAGGCAUGGUCUGCUCUGAGGACCCCAGCACGGAAGCCAUCACCUAUCAUCAAGAGGUGAUGUACAGGUUCUCCUGUCACUAUCCACUGCAGUACCUGGUCAACAAUACUCAGAUGAGCGUAUCUGGAGUCAGCCUGGCAGUCCAAGACAAUAAUGGAAGUUUCAUCAGCACACUGAGCAUGCGACUCUACUCGGACAAUAGUUACUCCUUCAAGCUGCAGAUUCCUCCGGAAGGUCUGGAGCUAAAGACCAGGAUCUUUGUAGAAGUGAAAGCAUCCAAUCUCACUAACAGAUUCAACGUGCUCCUUGACCGAUGUUACGCCACAGCCUCGCCCUUCCCCAUCAACACCUCUUACCACGAUCUGUUUGUUGGAUGUAACCGGGAUGGCCAGACAGUAAUGGGAGUUAACGGAGAGCAACAGGAAGCCCGCUUCUCGUUCGAAGCUUUCCGCUUUGUCCAAAGCGCAGAAACAACUUUCUCCACCUACUAUGUUCACUGCAUCACCAGACUCUGUGUGAAUUCCUUCUGCCCCAACCUCAUUCAGAACUGCAGCAUUGGCCCCAGUUUGAGAAGACGACGCAGCUCCAGCGACACACAGGGCACCACAGUGAGUGACAUGGCCACUGUCAGCUCGGGCCCCAUCAUCACCCGUCGAGACAAGGGGUAUCUGAUGGCAUCUGGAGGUGCUCAGCACACUCACAUGAACAGCAGCGUGCUGGCUGCUUCAGUUGUAGCAGGCGUCGUUGGAGCCAUCUGUCUUAUUCUGGUGGCUUUCGUUGUUUACCACAUGUACAACUCUAAUGUCAGCUUCAGCAAGACAAUUCUGUCCUGAAGUGUUUAUUCAGGUUUUGUAUGAAUCAUUGGUAUUAUAAUAUACAAUACAGGUUCCUUGAAAUAAGCAUAAGAGACAUGAAAAAGCAUAAGCACAAUACCAGGAAGUUUUAUCUUCUUAACCUGAGUGGGUUCGUUCAGCCUGAAAGAGAAAAACAAGUAAAGAAGGCAUCUGAAAGAGUAUGAUGAUUACAGUUAGGUGUGCCUCAGUGAUAUCGCAUUAAUCUUCUCCAGCCAACAGAAACAACAGUGCCAUACAUGCACUUUUGUUUUCAUUAUAUACUCAGGGUGAUAGGUAGCCCAUUUAGGCUUUUUAUAUACUUUUAUAUCUAUUAAUGGGUCAGAGGUUUUUGUAUUUCUAAUACUAUUGAAGGUUUUUAGCAAAAACGUAACUAAAAAACGUAAAUUAUGUUAUGUGAAUUUUAAGUUUCUUGCAGUCCUUUUAAAAGAUGUCACAAAACUGAUGUAUACAAUGCUAUACUUUUAUACUGGUGUUUGUAAUAAAGGUAUAUUGUUUCAUAUUUUUUAUAAGUGCUUGCAGUAGUGUUUGUUAAUACAAUUAUCUGAGAAUGAGUUUCUUUAA